AUGGAGUUUUACGCCGAGAAGGUUAACAACAAGGGGCUUUGCGCUAUCGCCCAAGCUGAGUCCCUCCAAUACAAGCUCCUCGGUGGCCUCGUCGUAAGGAGAGGCUGCCACUUUAUUUCACUUCCAAUUUUAACGGUGCUAUGGUAUGUGGUCUUGCCAAAAGCUUUUUGUAGAAAUCUAAAUCAUGUAGAGAAACUGGCCAUUAUAACGAGUGGCAAGGGAAUCUGGGAGAUCAAUCUCUGUAAAAGUAAUAGAGAUACCGUGUUUUUCGAUAAGGGAUGGAGGGAUUUUGUACAACAACACGACCUCACUGUUGGAGAUAUCGUCGUGUUUGAACACAUGGGGGAAAUGCGUUUCAAUGCUUUCGUCUUUGAUUUUACUGCCUGUGAGAAAGAAUUCGACCAUAAUUUGGAAGCCGUUAAGAUAAAUGCAGGUGCUUCAUGCCAGCAGAGGGAUGAUCCAUAUUUUGUCAUAACAAUAAAACAACACAAUUCUCCUGGUUCUAGAGCGCAGUAUGCGCGUAUCCCGGCAAAAUUUUGGAAAUCAAAUGGCCUGAAUGAGAAGACUAGUGUCAAUCUAAGAGAUCCUUCAGGCAAGAAAUGGCCAGUGGAACUAAAAUUUCACAAAAAUGGUAGUCGUUAUCAUCGUUUUAUUAUGCGUAGGGGCUGGAAGCAAUUUUAG